AUCCUGCUGUUGUUGGUAUGAGUGAGCGGAAUUCCAGAUGAACAAAUGAGAACUCUGUUACUACAGUCCGUGUCUGAGUAGAUCAGGUAUCCCGCGGAACGGACUUUCUUCUCCUCCAGGAGCAGGAAAAACUUCAAAAAUGUUCAAUCUAGAUCAUUUCCAAGACAUCCAUCGGAAGUUCACUGCAGAAUACAGAGCUUUCUCUGUGUCGAUGCUGUGUGGGAAUGAGCGGCAAAAUCUCGAGCAAGGAAAUAAAGUGAUACUGCCGCCCUCCACCUUGGACAUGCUGUCGCGGUUGAAUAUCACGUACCCUAUACUUUUCAAGGUUGAGAAUCGGCGGUUGAAGCGAGACACGCACUGUGGUGUUCUCGAGUUCUCUGCAGACGAGGGGAAAUGCUACCUGCCUUACUGGAUGAUGAAAUACCUUUGUCUCGACGAGGGAGAUCAUCUCUACGUGGAGAACACCCAGCUCCCGGUGGGGAACUUCGCCAAGUUCCAAGCUCAAUCAGUAGACUUUCUCGAUAUAACCAAUCCGAAAGCCGUCCUCGAGAACUCGUUGCGGCAUUUCGCAUGCCUAACCGCCAACGACACCAUAGUGAUUAAAUACAACGACAAGCAGUACGAGUUGUGUGUACUCGAGACUCGGCCCGGGCCAGCCAUCGAUAUCCACGAAUGUGAUCUCAAUGUCGAAUUCGCGGCUCCUGUAGGAUAUCAGGAACCUGAGACCAAGAAGGUUUCGCAAGAAGAAAUCGAUUUCAAGAAGCCAGAGGUGAUAGUGGACACCAAGAAAGCUUUCCAGGCGUUCGCCGGAUCUGGGAAUCGGAUCGAUGGUAAGGCGAAGAACUUGGACGCGAGCGUCGCACAAGGCAAUCUUCAAGCCGCUGAGAUCGAAAGGGGCGUUCCGGACGACCGAUGGAAACUCGGACAAAUAAAUUUUAUUCGAGUGCAGUUUACGAAGAAGGGUGAGAAUAUGGAAGUAGAAGAUACCUUCUCGGCAUUCGCCGGUCCGUCGUCGACACUCCGGCAGAGAAAAACUACGAGCACCAGUUCUGCUGCGGCUCGUCCGUCUCGGCCUCCGGCGAACUCGGGAGGCAUGUGGAAGUUUUACACCGAUGAUUCUCCGGGAUUCAAAGUCGGACCGGUACCCGUUCUAGUGAUGAGCGUUCUAUUCAUCUUCUCUGUAUUCGUGCUCCACAUGUAUGGCAAGCUGACUCGGGGAUAAAUUCGAGAUAUUUAAUUUUAUAAUAUUUGUUGUGUACUUAUUAGGAUUAUUACAUGAAUCUUGAAUAAGUACCUAUGUCUGAAUGAGAACUCCUGGAGAGCUAAAAGUCAUGUGCGAUUUGUCUUUAUGUAAAACUAUGAGAAUGAAGAAUAAGAGGGACUCCUU